AUGGGAGCUUUUUAUUUGAUGGAAAUGAUGCAAACAACGAAAAAUAAAUUGAUGGUCCUAUUAUAUAGUCUUGUUUUUGAAAAGCACUACAUGGACCGAAGCUUUGACAGAACUGGUCAACUCUCUGUAGUUAUAACUCCUGGUGUUGGGUUUUUUGAAGUUGAUAGAGAACUAACUAUCAUUACAAAGCAAAGAAUUAUAGAUAAUGGAAUUGGAAGUGAUCUUGUUUGUUUAGGAGAACAACCUCUGCAUGCAGUACCUUUAUUUAAAUUUUACAACAAACAGUUACCUAAAAAUGCACCUACUGUGGCUGAUGACUAUAAUAUGCCUCACUGGAUUAAUUUAAGUUUUUACUCUACUAAAAAUCAGAAUAUAUAUACUAAUUUUGUACCAAGAAUAAAGCUACCCACAUUACUGCCUGAAGAAUGUAAAGAAAAGGAGAAAGCAUUUUCUCAUUCAAAGAGAUCUCGACAUGCUAGUCAACCAGAUCCUUCAUUUCCUGUUUUAUUUGACUAUGAUGAGUAUGAUCGACAAGUAUUUCGAGUUUCUUGCAGUUCCCAGAAUAUAAGACAAACUUUAAGCUUGCAGAGACCUGCUAAACGAAAGGAGACUCCUCCACAUUCCUCUGGCUUCUCCAACAUUUGCCCUAAUCGGAGCUCAGAAGAAUUCAGCAGGUUGACAGCUUCAGAACCACCACCUGUGCCUUUUCCAUAUUUUCAGUCGCAUGCUUCCUCACCUGCCAUUGCCAUUCCUCAUCAUCGCAGAGUACAUGCCGCUACAAUUAGUGCAACAUCAUACCAGAGCACUACUGAAAUUGAUCGGGCCUCAUCCAGGCUUUAUGCAAGAGAUGAUAUUGAAUCAGAGCAAACUCCACCUUAUCGUUCCAUUGUUGGUAGUGAUCCAUCAUAUGAAUCACAGGUUAAUAAACAGUGUCUCACACGUAAAUUGAAAGCUCUGGUAAAUCCUUUCAAUCCAUCACAAAUCACCAUAAAAUUGACUUCAAAUCGUAGAAGAUGGACUCAUGUCUUUCCAUUAGGACCAACAGGAUUAUUUAUGCAGCAACAUCAUUAUCAGGCUAUUCCUCAGAUUAGUGCAGCUACUUUGAUAUCAUUAGAAAAAGCAUUUUGUAACAAUGACAGUCCAUUACAACGAAGCAGUAUUUUUGGUUAUGACUUUGAGGGUGGAUUAGAAUUCAAAUCUAAUUUUGCUAUUAAAAAAGAUCUACAUUCGUCAGUCAGCAAUAUGAGCUUCAAUGCUAUGGAUGUUAGGUCAUCCAGUUCAAGCGGAAAACUUUCCGUUUCAAUGCAAAACAGUGACAGUUUAUUGUGUUUGUCAAGUGGCUUUGGAGAACAAGAAUGGACGCCAGCUGUUACCACAGGAGUGGAUUGGAAAUCUCUUGUGAUACCAGCCUGUUUGCCAAUUACUACUGAUUAUUUUCCUGAUAGACGAAGUUUACAGAAUGAUUAUGUUAUCUCUGAUUAUUCAUUGCUGCCCGAAGAUAUAAUUGCGGAAAAUGCUCAUCCCAGGUAUUUUCAGAAUGAUGAUGAUAAUGCCCGACGUCCUUUGACUACACCCGAAGUUUACAAAGAGCUUAUUUGUCAAAGACUUCAACAGGGAUUUCAAAUUAUUCUUCUUCCAAAGCAGCAUUCUUCAUAUUCUCUUACUCAAAUCAGUUCUAGUCCUCAGUACAGUUCAUCAAUAAUAAAAGGGCAGACAAAACAAGAACAUCCAGAAGAAUGUUUGUUAAGCAUUGGACGCAUAUUUCACAAACUGAAUCUUGAUGUUCCUUGCAUAACAGUAACGCAGUAUAGACCUCGGCAUCCACAUAGAGAAAUCAAAGUUCAUUAUUGUUAUCGUUUUCAUGCUCCCGAUAGUGAUACGUAUGGUGUGUCAUGGGUAAAUUUCACAAGUGAGCGUCUUGAAAAUUAUAACUGGAAUUAUUCAGAUCAUUAUAUUUGUAUGAGAGGGGAAGGUGAAUUUGAACUAAAAGAUUCUCAGAAAUAUUGGAGAUUGAGAAUGUUGUUACUGCCCUCUGCACAACCUGAGACAAAGAAAAUUAUUGAUGGAAGCGAAUACUGUGAUCUUUACAACAAGUUUUCCAAUGUCGACAUCAUUGCACAAAGAGACAAUUUCCUGAAAUUUAUUGAAGUUAUGAAUAAACUUAAACGUGUUGCUUCAAAGAAACCAAAAAUUUCACUGUUUCCUCCUCGAAGGUCAAGUGUUGGUAAUGCUGCUCUCAAUGCUUUAACAUCUUCUCUGAAAGAUAAAAACCGCAUUCAUGAUAGACCUAGGAUGAGGAGUAACUCUGCGAGAAUGGGCGCUCGUCCUGAACCGAUUUUAUUAUCUGGACGUGUUUCUCCAGCUACAGAAGCUGAUGGAAGAAUAAUUAUUCCAAAGUCUGAGAAGCCACUGAUUACUUCAAUAUCUGGGGAGAAUUUAGAUGAUAAUUUUCCAUCAGAAAUCAAGAGGCUGAAUGAAAACUCCACAGAACUUGAAAUACUACAAGGAAUGCAGAAUUCUCUGGAUGGACUCAAUUUCAUCUCAAAAGUAGGCUGGCCUGCUUUAACCUUCAUAAGCUCUGAAGCAGUUUCUUGGAUCACUACUCAUGUCGAAGGCAUUUUUAUAGAACAAAGAGCUAUAAAAUUGUUACAAAGUUUUAUCGAUAAAAAUCUCAUUUGCCACGUUUCAAGAUCCAAGGAACAUUCUUUUAUAUAUGGCUUCUACUUGUAUUACAUAGUUUCUGCAAAAGAUAAAGAAAACUACAAAGCAUGGAAUAAUGAUGAGUUAGAUGAAGAGGAUGCAAUUUAUUUAUUUGAACGGGAAUGGUUAGAGGUUGAACUGAGCUCUUCACUUUCAAUGUCAACUGCAUCAGAGAAUUAUAGUUUCCCUUCUGAUGAGGAUAUGUGGACUACGCCUUAUUAUCCAACUUCUAAGCUAAAAUUUAAGUGCUGUAACAUACAGAUUGAGCAAGGUGUCAGAAGUGGUAGGCAAGAAUGGGGCCAGCUGAGAUAUCAGAAUAUUUAUACACCAUAUGAAGCUUUUGAAUUAGUUGUUGAAUGGAUGGUUGCUACAGGAAACAAAGCAGCUGAAUUGGUUCAAAGCUGGGCUAGAAAGUCAAAUCAGUAUGGUUUUCAGUUAGUACCAAUUCCUAGCGAUCCAUUUGCCUUACCAUUUUCUGAUGAUUCUGAUCCACUGAGGGGUCCAAUAUUUAUACCUUUAGACCUGUCAUGCCUUAUGGACACUUCUGUUCAAACAUUAGAUGAGGAAGGGUUGUUGAAGUUGCAAGAGAAAAUACUGUGUAAAUUUGGAUUUAUUCCCUAUAGAAAUCCAGUUAUCUCAUCUCCUCCACAAUAUGUGCAUGUUAGUGGAAGCAUGUUUAUUAUGUUGCCUGUGCGAGUAAGAGAGCCUAAAAAAAUGAAUGGAAAACAUUUAGCAGCUAUUGAUUUGCAUCAAAUAAGUAGUCCACAUGAUGAGUAUAUCACGAGGCAUUUUAGUGGAGUGAAAAACAAACGUCUUUCUGCUCUCAAUGCUGAAACAGAUACCAAAAUUGGAUUUCUCUGGUCUUGGAAUUAUAUGAUAACAAAAAGAUGGAAAAAUGCUGGAACUGUUGAUGAAAACUUCAUGCGAAAAGUUAUGAGAGAUUUUCGAGCAUUCUGCUCAAAUCAAAAUAGUCGAUUAGAAGAAUUUUGGAAAUUUUCAGAGAUGUCUGAAUUUGGACAAGAUCAUAAUAUGCUUAUGGACUUAGAAUCUUGAUUUUAAAUUGAUUUGCCAUUAAAGAGAUACAUUUUAACUCGUGAGGAGAAGAAUAUGUAUUGAUUUUAUUGUGAUAUUGCCUGUGAUCAUUAUUUUCAUACUGUAUUAAAAAUGUACAUAUUUUUACAAAAAUAAAAUUUAUUUUACCUCAUGG